AUGGCUCCUACCGAGAACACUCAGACUACCCACUCUUCCAGCGGGAAACCCGCGGGCUCUCAAGCCUCCAGCUCCGGUACCACUUCCAGCGGCGGUUACUACAAGUACCGCUGCAAAUACUUCCUCUCCCACAACUGUAACAACUGGGUAUAUGUCAACGGAUCCCCUUGCGCCAACUGCUGUGCCGAAGGGCGAGACUAA